ACUAGGUGAAUGUUUAUGACGUGUUGAAUUAAACGAAAUAUUUCUAAUCGAAGAAAUGAAACGUAGAGCCUAACGUGAUGGAUUUAAUAGUAUUAUUUGGGAUUGCUUCGGCACUGUUAGUUAUUUUAUUGUGUACCUGGUUAUUUACAAGAAAAGCAUCCUCAAAAGAAACAAAAAGCGAACAUGCUGGACCAUCUCGACGUAUCAAUCAUGGUGAAGCAGCAGAUUCAUCAAUACCACGCCGUGCACAAAUAGCCCGAAAUCAACGUAGAAAUGUACCACAAGCAUCCACAUCACAACAACAAGAUAGUGAAGACAGUGACGACGAAACCAAUCGACCAAAUCCAUUCGCGGGUGAAAAAAUGGGAGCCAAAAAGCGCGCCAAACUGGAAGCCAAGGCUGAAAAGAAACAGCAACGUGAAGCUGAAAUGAUCGCCAGAGAGGAGAAAAAGAAACGUGAUGAACUUAUUGCAGCCGAUCGCAAAAAGGCCGAAGAAGCUGAAGAGGCUGCAGAAAAGAAAAAAGAAGAACAGGAACGGUUAGCAAUGGAAGAAAAAGCACGCAAAGAACAUGAAGAAUACUUGAAAAUGAAGGCCAGCUUUCAAAUCGAAGAAGAAGGUUUUGAUGAAUGCGAUGAAGAUGAAAAAGAAAAUCUGCUAAAAACAUUCGUCGAUUAUAUUCAACAACACAAAGUGGUCAUACUGGAAGACUUGGCAACCCAUUUCAAACUAAAAACCCAAGCCGUUAUCGACCGUAUCACCGACUUGCAGAACGAUGGCAUUUUAACGGGAGUCAUUGAUGAUCAAGGCAAAUUCAUAUACAUUUCAAAGAAAGAACUAAAUGAUGUGAGUGAAUUUAUACGGCAACGAGGACGUGUAUCCAUCACCGAACUGGUGGAAAGUAGCAAUAACUUGAUAAAUUUGAAACCGAUAUCUGAUGAAGCCACAGCAAGUGCAUAAGUAAAAGAGUUAUUAUAAUAA